AAAAACAAAUUUUGAAAAAAUGUAUAAACCGAAUUUUAUUAUAAUAAUUCUUUUUGUUGCCUUUUUUUGGGACUGCUUCUUGCCGAUGGCCUGGGCCAAACCAUACGCUUCAAACAGGCAACAGAAGCAGCAGCAGCAGUCCAUAAUGGAUCCAGAUGCCAUGUUCAACUAUGAUGAUUGUGAGCCACAGCAAGGUGGCCAAGAUUAUCUAGAUGCUGGUCUGAUUAGUGAUUAUAGUGGAUUGGAUAAGGAUAGUCGCUGUCAGCGCCAACCUUCGGAUGUGGCUGCCGCCGAUGCCUUAUUGGCAGCUGGAAAUGGUCAACAGAGUCUAAAGGCAACAAAUGAUCGCAAUGCUUUUGCUUCGUCACUAUUGGACAAUGACGAGUCGAUGAAUGAGAUUGAUUUUGGUUUCGAUGAUUCGGAAGAACAGGUAAUGGAUCGCUCUAAUGUCAAGCAGCAGGAAUAUCAGCCGAAACGAGCCCAACCGGCACAGUUACGUCGUGGCCUUGCAGGACGGCGGCAUCGUCAAAAUCAACAUCAAAAGAAGUAUGAGCUAAAUGAGAAUGAUUUCGGCAUGGAGGAUGAAAUGGAGGGCUUGGAUGAUCAGCCACAGUAAAUGGUCAAAAUCUGGCCAUAAGAAGAGUUUUGUUCUCAUCAUUUUUCAUCGAAAACCGUUUUAUAAGUUAUAUUUUUGAUACAAAUACAAAUGAGGAUAGAUACACUGCAAGAGGACAGGAAGUCCAGAAAUAGAUGACCAAUGGACAACGGUCAACAACAACAAAAGGACAACGUUAUUAUAAACAAGACAGAGAACGUCGGGGUCACCAAAAAUAUGAAAAUGCAGUUUUGGAAUUUAAAUGCCAUUUCCUUAAUUUUUAAAUACACCUCGAAUGGAAUGCAAAUAAUUGUGCACUUGAAUAAAAUAUAUUUACCUUUCUCACAA